AAUCAGUUGAGAACGUGGAGCGCGCGCGAGCAGAACGCAGACACAGAUACAUUUCUGAGCUUCAUAUAGAUUUGCAGUGCGCAUUACUCACUCAUCCGCCAGAUACAAAGAUACGUUUCGCAGUACGCCUGACGAUUGCAACUGGCAAACUGGAUUUACCACCCCAAAAAAAAAAAAUAAAAUAAAAGAAAUAACAAAAAAUAGAAAACCAAAACAAUAGCCACAACUACAAAUCGUGUUAAGUGAAAAACGAAGCCAAUUGCAGUAGCAACGAAAAACUUUCAAAACCCGAGCCAUAGCGAAAUAGGAAAAGUAGUUCAGAGCGUGAAAAAUACGUUAUAUGCUGCAAAAGUUGUGAAACGAAACGUAUCCGAGAGAUACAAUCCCAUUGGGAGAGCGAGAGCCAAGCAAAGUGCAGUUUCCAGAAGCAGAUACCAUUUAAACAUAUUUAUAACCCAACCGAAACCAAACAAAUAAUAAAGGCUGAAAAAUUCGAAUACACCCAAAAAAACAAAUUUUCCAACAACUCAACCUCGACGACGACGAUUCGCAACACAAACUAUUGUUGGAUUAACAUUUUUUUCGAUCAAGAACUCAAACGUUGCGAACGGAAGCGAAAUGCAAGUGGAAUCGAGCUAUACCAAAUAUGCCGGACGUGUGCCACCUUUGGACCUCACCCAGGUGAAUGGUGGCCAAGAUUUGUGGGGCGGCAAUGGUGGCGGCAAUAACGCAUCCGCCAGACGCCAUCUGCAUCAUCCCUAUCAAAUGCUGGACAAGUGCCGCGGCGGAGUAACCCUGAUCAGUGCAUCAUCCGCCAUCUCAUCUACAUCCAACUCCUCCGACGACAAUAACAAUCGACUGAUGAGCGCUGAUGAUGGCACCACCAGUCUGCUGCAUCCCUUGGGCUCCGAUGGUCUGCCUCUGGAUCCGCGCGAUUGGACGCGAGCGGAUGUCUGGAAAUGGCUCAUCAAUAUGGCCGUAUCCGAGGGAUUGGAGGUCACCGCCGAACUGCCACAGAAAUUCCCCAUGAACGGCAAGGCAUUGUGCCUGAUGAGUCUCGAUAUGUACCUGUGCCGAGUUCCCGUGGGCGGCAAGAUGCUCUACCGCGACUUCCGGGUGCGACUCGCCCGAGCAAUGGCCCUGCUAUCAUAGGGAUUACCCAUAUAUCUCACGGAUACCCAGUCCUCUCUAUGGUUGUACAUAUCUCUAGGAUUCGAUUAGUUAAGUUCUAGUUAUGCUAGCUUAUAAUGCCUAGUCCUUAGUUCUGCUCGUCAUUUAAGUAUUAGCGAUAAUAUUCUGCAUUUCAAUAUGGUCAAAGAUUGCUUCAAGUUUUCAAUUCAUUUUGAAAGAAAAGUGAUUGGAGUGAAUAGAAUAAAAGAUUGAAGUUACAAUGCUGUCCUAUUAGUUAACUAAGUUCGCAUAUGAUGAAAAUAUAAAAUGAAAUUUUAUAACUG